CCACCAUCAUUGUAUAAUCAUUCAGCUUAUAUUGCCUUCUGAACAUUCAGAUCGGUAAUUCAUUCCCAGCACACACACACACGCAUACACUGUCAAAUAAUAUCACACCUUUAAGUCCGUAGACCAACAACAUCCGCAUCCAUCCAUCCAUCCAGGCUCCAUACACAAAUAUAAACUAAACACAAUGGCUCCAAACGUAACAAAACCAGAGGAUGAUACUCCAGAAUCAGCAGUUAAGGAGAACCCUCGUUCAGCCGCUCAAGAAGCCAAACAAAAGGCUGGUGAAGAAGUAAAGGAUGAAGACGAAGAGGACGAGGAGGAUGAAGAUUUCGAGGAAGGAGACGAUGACGACGAAGAGGAAGAUGAAGAAGAUGACGAAGAAUACGAAGGUGAAGGAGGGGAUGAUGAUGAGGAGGAGGAAGAGGAAGAUGACGAUGAUGAAGAAGAUGUAGACGAAGAAGCUGAAGCUGAAGCCGAAGAUGAGGACGACAUAGCUGUUGAGACAUCUGGAAGCAAACGCAAGGCUGGCGGAGACGGUUCCAAGUCCAGUAAGCAGCAAAAGACUGGAGAUGAUGAUGAAGACGACGAUGAGGAGGAGGAAGAAGAAGAAGAAGAGGAAGAAGAUGACGAAUAGACGUGCUACUCUCCUUUCCUGUGGAUACGGUGCCUAUUUCGUUGCUUCAACUUUUCGCUGAAUCAUCUGUAUAAUACUGGAUUCAACACUCUGUCCUCAUCGAACAGUUCCUUCUUUCAUAUAUUCUACAACAUCUAGCGUUCGCUCUUAUGCGAACAUAUGCUCUUUCAUACUUUUACAUCACAAAUGCUACUAAUGGGAAUGCGGAAGGAAAUAUUUACCAG